GCAGAGCAGCCAGAGCAGGAGUUCCUAGCUUGCAUGAUCUGCAUGAAAACGAAGUAGCGAGGAUUCUGCAGGUCAUGGCCGCCUUUUCUUAGGAACUGCAUAAAGUACCCCGCGUGUGACAAACGGCCCUGCCGGGGCCUGUGCCCAGCUCGACUAUCUUGGCCAAGGGCGGCUUUGAAAUGUGAAGCGACGUUUGGCAUGACAUGAGACAAUCUUGAACCUGAGCUGGGUCGUUGAGCAGGGACGCAACAUGAAUAAGCUGUUUGGUUUUCUUGGACGAGGCGCUGGGAUCGAUCUCCCAUACACAAUCGGAGAGGCGUACUCAACAGCAUGGGGUUCUUGGACACAUUCCCGAGGGACCAAGAAGGAGGAUGGGAGCCCCGUGUCGGUGUUCUCAUUGACUGCCACAAAUGCUGGAGAUGGCAGACUAGCAGCGGCAAGGAAUGGCGUGAAGCGACUCAGGACGGUCCGGCAUCCGAACGUGCUGUCCUUCUUGCACAGCACGGAGGGCGAAGUGACAGAGAAUGGUGUCACCAAGCCAAUCAUCUAUGUUGUCACGGAAGCGGUGAUGCCGCUGUCUGAGAAAGUCAAGGAGCUCGGCUUGACUGGCGUUCAGAGAGAUGAGUACUUCGCCUGGGGCCUCUUUGAGAUAGCGAAAGCAGUCAGCUUCCUGAACAACGAUUGUAAGCUGGUACAUGCCAAUGUGUGCGUUGCAUCUGUGGUGGUCACGCCGACACUGGACUGGAAGUUGCAUGCAUUUGAUGUGCUCUCUGAGUACGACGCAGGGACGCCUGCUUCGGAGGGGCCCGGCGCGGCGCCUAUGCUGCCGUUCGAGUGGCUUGUGGGGGUGCAGUACAAGCCAGUGGAGCUCACCAAAGCGGACUGGCCCCUCAUCCGGCGCUCGCCUCCUUGGGCUAUUGAUGCGUGGGGUCUAGGUUGCCUUAUCCAAGAGCUGUUUUCUGCGGGGCCGCUGAGAAAGACGGAGGACCUUCGUAACACGGGUUCGAUCCCCAAGGCCUUGUUGCCGGACUACCAACGCCUCCUGGGGGCGGCCCCCAAUAGGAGGCUCAACCCGUCCAAGUUCGUGGAAGGCAGUGAGUUCCUGCGCAACAAGUUGGUGGAGACGAUCCAGUUCAUGGAGGUGCUGAAUCUGAAGGACAGCGUCGAGAAGGACAGCUUCUUCCGCCGCCUGUCCGGCCUUGCCGAGCAGCUGCCGCGCCAGAUCGUCACCAAAAAGCUGCUCCCGCUCGUUGGCGCCGCGCUCGAGUUCGGCUCCGGCUCGUCGCUCGCUCUCCAGCCGCUGCUCAAGAUGGGGUCUCUCUUGCCACAGGACGAGUUUAACGUCAAGGUGCUGCCGACCAUCACGAAGCUGUUUGCGUCCCAAGACCGCUCGAUCCGCGUGGGGCUCCUCCAGAACUUUGACGCCUUUGGGCCGCACAUCUCGGCGUCCGUCAUGGACGAGCAGGUUUUCCCGCAGAUCGCCACCGGCUUUGCAGAUUCUUCGCCGUUCACGCGGGAGCUUACGCUCAAGUCCAUGCUCACCAUCGUACCGAAGUUGUCGCAGCGCACGCUGACGGGCGCGCUGUUGAAGCACCUGUCGAAGCUGCAAGUGGACGAGGAGCCCGCCAUCCGCACCAAUACCACCAUCCUACUCGGCAACAUCGCACGGCACCUCAACGAAGCGACCCGCAAGCGUGUCCUCAUCAACGCCUUCACGCGCGCACUGCGCGACCAGUUCCCCCCCGCCCGCGCGGCCGGCCUGAUGGCGCUCACCGCCACGCGCGAGUACUACGACCCGACCGAGACGGCGACGCGCAUCCUGCCGUCGGUCGUGGUGCUGACAAUCGACGGGGACAAGGACUCCCGCGAGAAGGCCUUCCAGUGCGUCGAGACGUUCCUGCAGAGCAUGCGCGACCACUUUGCGCGGCUCGCCAACGGCGACUCGGGCCUCCCGUCCCGCACCACCUCCGCAUCCUCCGACAAGUCCAGCGGCUCUGCUCUUCUCGGCUGGGCCGUUGGCUCCCUUAUCGGCGGCAAGGGCUCCGCUGCCCCGGCCCAAACCCUCGAACCCCCAACCUCUUCUGCGGCUGCCACGUCAUCAACCGCGUCAGCGGGGUUAGCGUCGCCCGUCAGCCCCAGCCCCCUGACCCGGAGCAUUUCGACAAAAGUCACCCCCCGGCAGUCUAUGUCCGGGGCAGACGUCGCGCCGGCUGCGAGCGUAGCUGGGGGGGAAGAUGGAUGGAAUAACGACGAGGAUGAGGGGGGGGGAGAGGAGGAUGCGGAGGGAUGGGACGAUCUGGAUGCGGUCGAUGAGCCCGCGCCGCCGCCGCCGCCAGCUAGGAGCCAGUUCCAGCCUCGGCCGCCUUCCGCAUCGACCAGCAGCGCCGGCAGCGUCCGCAGCCCACAACCGUCCGAUGAUGCGGACCCCUGGGGCGAAUCAAUGGCUGCGCCCGCUCGGCCGUCUAGUUCGGCCGUCAGCAGUAGCAGGCCCGCUCGGACGAGUGCCACAUCAGCAAGCCGGCCCGCCUCUGCGAGGGCGCCGGCGGCGCAAACGGCGCAGCACGUCUCGUUGGAAAGCAUGCUCGGAAACAGCAUGACGGCCGGCGGGCCCAAACCGGGUAUGCAACAGGCGAAGCACGUGUCGCUGGAUAGCAUCAAGGGGGCAGGCCGAGGAGGUGCCAUGAAGCUCGGAGCGCAACGGUUGAACCGGUGACAUCAGGUGGAUCUGGAUCAACGGGAUUGGCUCCGGAAAUGGUUUGCGCUUUCUACCCAACUCUCUGUUCAAGUAAGAAGCAGGGGGCCGCCGGCCAAGGCAGUUGGAUCAACACUGCCUGGAGCAGGUCAAAUGUAGCAAGGCAACUGUGAUUCGAUGCACGGGACUGUUGCAAGGUGGACGACGUUGGUUACGUGUGGAUGCAAGCCACAACUGAGUUGCCCAUGUGAAGCUAUGCUAGACCCCUCUGCAAAAAUAAGGCUUCGAGUAACUUGCCUCAAGUAGACUGUCUGCUGACAUUGCCCCGACCUUUCUCAAUAUCAGAUGCUUUCGCGCGCCCACCUUCGCAAAGUCGAUUCG